AAUUAAAUUCCAACCUCCAAUUUUUUCAAGUGAGCUUUGGGAGCUCAUAAUCUAAAAAUUUAGAAGACUAAGAGCAAGCAUGGCUGAUUUCCAGACUUGUAUCUCCCUCUUACUCAUAAGUGUGACCUCCAGCGUCUUGUUUUGUGUAUUCUUCAUUAGAUAUACUCGUCCUAAAUCUAAUUUUCCUCCGCCACCAAGCCCUGUUCGCCUUCCUAUCAUUGGACACUUGCACCUCUUUGCUCCGAGCCCACACGAAGCUCUUCACAAGCUUUCUCUAAAAUAUGGGCCUGUUUUUCGUGUCUUUCUUGGCUCUGUACCUUGCGUUGUUGUUUCUUCACCAGAAACGGUGAAAGAGUUCUUGAAAACAAACGAACAUGCCAUUUUGGGUCGACCCCAAAACUCGGCCAUAGCUUACUUAACUUACGGAUCAAAAGACUUUGCUUUUGGUCCUUAUGGAUCAUACUGGAAGUUCAUGAAGAAAAUAGUUAUAAAACAGCUCUUGAGUAGCACAACAGUUGAGUUGCAAUAUCCAGUUAGACAAUAUGAGAUUAAUCAUUUCAUAAAAUCUGUUUAUCAGUAUGCCAAAAUGGGAAAGGCCGUAGAUCUUCAAGCACAACUGAUGAUGCUUACCAACAAUGUAGUAUCAAGAACGCUCAUGAGCGAAAGAUACUCUGAUGUAUAUGGAGAUGCAGGAGAAGUGAGAAAACUUAUGACCGAUAUAACUGUGUUCAUGGGUAACUUUGAUCUCGCAGACUACAUUUGGUUUUUCAAGGUUUUAGACUUGCAGGGGUUUGGAAAAAAACUGAAGGAUGUGCAUGAAAGAUUUGAUGCAUUGAUUGAGAAGAUCAUGAAGGAACAUGAAGACGCAAGAAAGGAUGGCAGGGGAGAAACAACAGACAUUCUCAGUAUUUUACUUGAUAUUGCGGAAGAUGAGAGUAUGGAGAUAAAGUUGACCCGAGAGAACAUAAAAGCAUUCAUUUUGGAUAUAGUUAUUGCAGGAACAGACUCCGCAGCAGCUACAACAGAAUGGGCAUUAGCAGAGCUCAUCAAUCGUCCGCAUAUCAUGGAGAAAGCAAAAGAAGAAAUCAAUCGGGUAGUUGGAAAAAACAGACUAUUGCAAGAAUCAGACAUUCCCAACCUUCCUUACCUCCAAGCAAUUGUCAAGGAAUCAUUCCGUCUCCACCCACCUGCUCCAUUGAUUCCAAGACGAUCAACAGAAGAUUGUAUAGUGGCAGGUUACCAUAUCGCGGCAAACACUACUAUCUAUGUAAACACGUGGGCCCUUGGCAGAGAUCCGGGUUCUUGGGAAAACCCUCUUGAAUUCAGGCCCGAAAGAUUUGAAGAAAGCCAAGUGGAUGUUAGAGGACAACAUUUUCAGAUGACUCCAUUUGGAAGUGGGAGGAGGAUGUGUCCAGGGAUUUCAGUGGCAUUGCACUUGAUACAUACAUCCCUCGGUAUUAUGAUUCAGUGUUUUGAUUGGAAGGCUGGAAAAGAUGGAAAUCUUACUAGCGUUGACAUGAAGGAAGGAUACGGAUUAACUAUUCGUAGAGCAAAUCCUUUGGUCUGUGUACCUGUGGCUCGACUUGAUUGCGUCCUAUCGUCCAUUGAGCAAGUUACAUGAUGUGUGCUAAAUAUAAUAUUUCCAAGUUUGAAGAAUGAAGCUUUAAGUAUGUUUCAGUCAAUGUAUUGUUGUUAGUUGCAUUGUAAAAACUCAAAAUACAAAUUAAGCUAUAAUAAGCCAAAUAAACCAUAUUUUGAUUGUA